AGCGGAUGUAUAAAUAUUUAACACCUGUCGUCAACAAAUUACGGUCAGCUGAGAGGGCAUCUUAUCAAAAUUUUAUAAAUUCCAUUUUCACAAGCAAUGGAUAUUGAUACGAACAAUCUAUUCGACAAAGUGCAACUAAAUAACGACAUAUUAUCCUCACCUCCACCUAUCCCACCCAGGCAUCAGAAUAAUUCUGCCCUAAUAAGUCCGCUGACAGCCCCCUUGACUGGUCACUCCAACAAGUAUGCUGAAAUCCUUAAAAAUGCUACGUCUCUUCAAAUAUCAAUUGACCAAUAUACGCCUGAAUUGUCUGAUAACAAUAUUCAUUUUCGGGAUUUUACGGGCCAAGGCAAUUUAAUACCCAAUUUUCAACGAACCCGUUCCUUAUGCUAUAAGAAGAAAAGAAAAUAUUUCAGAGAUACGAACCCUAACAUUAAGUCGUCUACUGUUCCCAGAAGGAAAUUAAUAACAGCAUCAGACGAUACCUCAUUCGAUUACUACUGCAAAAAUCAUAAUAACGAAAACGAGAAUUACGCGUUAAACCAUCUCGAAAAUGGCGUGAAUAGCUACAUUCACGAGGAAAACGUGGCGGAUAUUACCGAAAAGAUCAUCACGAACAUAAACGACCACUUAGAAAGGUUCGAGAAGAACCAGAAUGGGGAACUCGAAAGGGACAACAAACAUCUUAACAGGGAUAACGCUAUAUUGAAAGAAAAGAUAAGAAUGCAGGAAGAAUUGAUAAGGGAGAACGAAUUCAAGGCUGACCUCAAGCUUAACGAGGUUAUAGCACAAAACAGAAAAUUUUUAUCGCAGGUCGAAAAGGAAAAAACUGAAGAAAUUCAAAGGCUUAAAUUUAGGGUGCAUCACCUGGAAAAACAAACACAAGAACAGGAAAUUGUUAACGAGAGAUUACAAAACAUGGUUGAAAGCUUCAAAAAGGAAAUGAACGAGACUAUUAAAGAAUUUACAGUUUGCAAAGAAACGAAUCAAGACCUAAGAGAUAAAUGCCAUCAAACCCAAGAAAAAUAUAAUCGACUUAAAACUAGGCUAGAAAAGCAAGACUUCACGAAAAAUUUGUAUAUGCAAGAUAGUACUCAAUCGCUUUUACACCUAAAACGGGAGUUAACAAACAUUCUCGGCUUUGAAUCUAGUUUCGAUGAAAUUUCUGGUAAUUCUAAGAAUAGUGAAUGCGCUAAAAAUAUUUACAAUGGAUUUCUCGCGAACGAUAAAGACGAAGAAGAAAACAAAUCUCCAGAACUCAUUAUGCUUCAAUUGAAGGAGAUAGUUUCCAAAAUCAAAAAUGAAAAAGAGAAAGUGAAAACUCAAAAACAAGAGAUAAUGCUCAAUAUAAUGGACAAAAAUAAUAAUAACCAUCACGACAUAAACGAUAUUUUGAGUUUCAAGAACGGUAAUUUUGACCCCACUUUCCUGGAGAACACUAAUGGCCAAAGCAAUGAAAUGCAUUAUGCUAAUCUGGAGAGUGAAUUAAAAAAUUCCCUAAAAAAUAAUAUUUCGAUGGAUAUGGAGACAAAUGAUAUUAUGGAACGAAAGAUCACAGAAUCGCUAACCAUCAAAUUAGAGAAAGAAAAUCGAAGAUUGAAAGCUUAUAUUGAUAAUUUGCUAUUGAUUAUACUAGAAACCCACCCAUCCAUGCUAGAGAUUAAAAUCUGCUAAAAAAAUAAACUGAAAUUUUUUUAAGAUACGAAAUUUAUAUAUCCUUCUUUUAAAUUAAACAAAAAAUAAUAAUAUAAAAUGCUAUCAAAUUAAAAAUGAGGAAUAUCUCGAACUCUCCCAUUCAUUUUUUAAAAAAUUAAAUUAUCCUAUAUUUUUAAAAUGUGAGUCACUUAAAAUUCUAAUCAUUUUUUGCUGCUAGAAAAUUAUUGGCGGUGAUUAUAGAAAAAAAGGGUCAUACAUUUUUACCAUUUUUCGUUGCUUCUUUUUAUGGGAUAUUACUAUUAUUAGAAUUAAAAUAAUAGUUAUCUAUUGAUUUUGUCUCUAAUAUCUCUUAAAUAGUAAGUAUUUAAAAUUACUUUAUUUUAAACAAUUUUCGUUACAUCACUGAGAUCCAUAAUUUUAAAUAACCUUUUCUAAAUACCCCCCCCCCCCCGGCUUCCUUCCCAUAAUAAAUUAACCUUAUCAACAUGCAUCUUUCAAAAGUCAUUUGUAUUUAUUAUAAUAUAAGAUAACUGAACUGCUCAAAAUAACACCUACAUUUUAAAAAAUGAUUAUUUUGGAAUUAGAAAGCCCUAUCCUAAAUUAUAUGAUUUAAUAUCCUAAUUUACUAUUUUUUCACAUAAAUUAGGUGUGCGUAGGAGUGUUCAUUAUGCUUAAUUUUAAAGGGUUGGUUAAUUGUAUGUUCUAACACAAACAUAUUUAAUAUAAAACUUUAUGUAUUGUUUAUUACACUUAACCUAUCUAUAAAAUUCAAUAUCUAAAUUAAAAUAAUAGUGUUAAAAAACACAAAAAUUGCAUUCCUUCAUAAUUUCCCAAUCUUAUGAUAAUUUUUCUUACAAUACUAUUAUAUAUUUUUUAAACCCUCCACCAUUAUUACUAAAUUUUUUUGUUUAAUUUGAAUGAGGAAAUCCCUAUAACUAUAUUUAAGUUUACUUGUUUACAUAUAUUUGGUCACACUACUAAUUUUGCAAUUAAACUUGUAUAGUUUACUUAUAUAAUAUUCGUAUUUUAAUUAUCCUAAAGUUAUAUAUUUGAAAACAUUAUCUAAUUUUGUACCUUCAAAAAUCAAGAUUAAAAUUGCCCCCCCCCCUCUUCACACAAAGUGGGCUUUAUUUAAACUUAUUUAAAUGCAUCCAUUAUAUUAUCUUAUCCACCAGCACCACAAUAAAUUUUAACUGAUACAUAUUUGAAUAAAUAUAAAUAAUUCAAGUAAUUUUUAAUAUAUUUAUAUUAAUACAAUUUUUAAUAUACUCAGUUAUCAAUCAUGGAAUUUUCUUAAAUUCUCAUUUUAUGAUGGUAGAAAGGUCAUGCAAAUUGUAACUACUUUAUUCGUUUUUUUUCUGUUUUAUUUUCUACGAUGUUUUUUUAAAAUUUUUUAUGACGA